AGAACACAGAUUUGAUCCAACUCAGUUUGGGAGGGAAAUGUUUUGUAGAGAGAGAAAGUGAAGGAAACUGGAGAGAGAAAGAGUUGGAACUUGGAAGCAAAAAUGGAAGGGACGAGUGUUUGAGAGAGACGUUUUUGCAAACAUGUUAGAAAUCCUUUGCAUAUAAAGAGAGGAAAAAGGAGGCGCAUACUAUUCGCUUGGAAAACUCGUAUUCUAGAGAGAAAAAGUUUAGAGUGAGGGAAAAUGUUUGCAGAAGAGGAUGGACUCAGGGGAGACCCAAGACUCCAAGCCAUUUCUGAAGCCCUUAGAAUCGUUCCUCACUUCCCAAAACCAGGAAUAAUGUUUCAAGAUAUAACAACAUUGUUGCUUGAUCACAAGGCGUUCAAAGGCACUGUGGAAAUCUUUGUUGAUCGCUACAGAGACAUGGACAUCUCUGUUGUCGCUGGAGUUGAAGCUAGAGGAUUCCUGUUUGGUCCAUCAGUUGCCUUAGCCAUUGGUGCAAAAUUUGUGCCAUUGCGUAAACCUAAAAAGUUGCCAGGUGAAGUAAUUUCUGAAGAUUAUGAGCUAGAGUAUGGAACUGACCGUCUAGAGAUGCAUGUGGGUGCUGUUCAUCCUGGGGAGCGGGCACUGGUAAUUGACGAUUUUGUAGCAACAGGUGGGACCCUCUCUGCAGCAAUAAGACUUUUAAAACGGGUGGGGGCUGAAGUGGUCGAAUGUGCAUGUGUUGUUGGGUUGCCUGAAGUUGAGAUGUUUGUGGGUGGUGGGAGUAUGCUUGAGCUGAUCACAUGGGGGCAGAAGAUGACGCUUGGGCAAUUUCUUUUGUUAUUUGUUUCUCUACCAAAUUCAAAGUGUUAAGCACACGAGGGUAACAUGGAGAUGUUUAUAUCCUCUGUAGUCUGUUAUGUAAAAGAGUCUGAACAGAGCAUAUGAUUGAAGAAAUGCUGUUUCCAGAUAUCAAUAAUAAAUUUGUGUUAUCCAACUUA